AUCUUUUCAUGUAUCUACAGCCCCUGAAGAUGUGAGUCUGAAAGUGUGGCGAGCUGAGGCCUGCAUGGGUCUCCGUCGCUUUUCUGAUGCCCUCCGUGACCUGGAUGACCUGUGCUGUGUGCGACCCAACUGGACUGAGGGUGUCUUUCGUAAAGGGAACGUGCUUCUUGAAAUGGGCAAACAGCCUGAAGCCCUCGUCCAGUUUUACCGCUGCCUGAAGCAGCAGCCUGAUUUUGCCCCUGCAAAAAAUCAGAUUAAGAAGAUCUUAGAGGCAGAGGGCAUGGCUGUACCAGAAGAAGUUCCACGGAUGCUGCAGGCUGUGUCUGAGUACUUGCAAGAUCUCUGUCCUAUCACCAGCACUGUAAGCCCAUCGUGUCCAGAUGGUCAGCGCUACUCCCACAACAAUACUGAAGGUCAAAGUGAUCCCGUGCAGAAUGCAACUAAAGUGAAGCACGGCACCAGCGGCGAGUGCUGCCUGAGCCUGUGUCAGGCCGUGUCCUUCCUCCCCACUGCUGAGGAUGAUGAGGAACUGAUGAUGAAGAGAGAAGAGAAACAGAACAGAGGUGUGUGCAGUGUGGCCAGAGAGUCCUGCCUCAGCAUUCUGACUGUGAGUGAUUUUGAGUGCCCUCUCUGCAUCAGGUUAUUCUAUGAGCCGGUGACGACACCCUGUGGACACACCUUCUGCAAAAACUGUAUUGAGAGAAGUCUGGACCAUAAUCUACGCUGUCCGCUUUGUAAACAACCACUGCAGGAGUAUUUUAAGAACAGGAUGUACAACCCCACCGUGCUGCUGCAGGAGAUUAUGUCCCGCCUCUUCCCCCAGCAGUUGGCUGAGAGGAAACAGGUGCACGAGGCGGAGAUGGCAGAGCUCUCCAAUUUGACUAAGGACAUCCCAAUCUUUGUGUGCACGGUGGCGUACCCUGGCAUCCCAUGUCCACUGCACAUCUUUGAGCCUCGUUACCGUCUGAUGAUGCGGCGAUGUAUGGAGACGGGCACCAAAAAGUUUGGCAUGUGCAGCUACGAGCACGGCAAAGGCUUUGCAGAUUAUGGCUGCAUGUUGAAUAUUUUGGAUCUGGAUUUGCUUCCUGAUGGUCGCUCCUAUGUGGAUACAGUGGGAGGUAGUCGCUUUCGAGUGCUCAGGAGAGGACAGAGGGAUGGCUAUCAAACUGCUGAUAUUGAGUACCUGGAGGACCAUAAGGUUGAAAGUGCCGAGCUUGAAUUACUGCAGCGUCUCCAUGACAGCGUGUAUCAGCAGGCGAGGGAGUGGUACCACCGUCUGAACAGCCGCAUUCAGGAGCAGAUCACCCGGCAGUACGGCAUCAUGCCCGAGAAAGAGGACGACAUUCAGGCAUCUGCUAAUGGGCCGGCCUGGUGCUGGUGGCUGCUGUCAGUGCUGCAGUUAGAUCCAGCCUAUCAGACCACCGUUCUGUCUCUGACAUCCCUGAAGGACAGACUGGGUCAUCUACGUAUCGUACUAGAAUACUUCUCUCAGAGCUAGGACGGAGACACAUUAUAUGCCAGUAUCUCUGAUCACAUCACAUGCAUGCACCAUGGAAGACAUGAUUUUUUUUUAAUGUACAUUUUAAAUUCAACUGCAAGAGAUUUGUUUGCUCUUGCCAAAAUUUGAUACUUUUUUCUGAUCAUAAUCCAUACACAAGAUCUCUGGAUAACACAAUGGACAGCUAUGGUAUGGGUUGGUUAAAAAUUACAUGACCUGUUCCAGUGGCUGUACAACUAUUGAAUUAAUCUUUACUAAUUCUUACUUGAGUCGAGCACCAAAGAGUCAAGGACUCGUUCUACACAGAACAGCUGUUUAUUGGUUCACGCUGUUCGCUUCAUUAAACAUCAUCAGAGUGGAUGCCAAAUGUUGCAGCUAGUUUUGCUGACAUACAUUUGAGAUGUUUCCAGUAGUACUGGACCCUGGCCAAGAUUUUUUUAAAUGUGUAGCUCACAUU